GACAGAGUGAAGAUCAAUUAUAAAUUUCUUCUUCUGAGUUGUGAAAUUCUGUUUAAUCUUCAAACUGGCGAUGUCAAGGGUGCCGAGUCCUCCUCCUCCGGCAGAAAUGUCGAGUGGACCUGUAGCAGAGAGCUGGUGCUACACCCAGAUCAAGGUGGUGAAGUUUUCGUACAUGUGGACCAUAAACAACUUUAGCUUCUGCCGAGAAGAAAUGGGUGAGGUCAUCAAAAGCUCAACCUUUUCAUCUGGAGCCAAUGAUAAACUCAAAUGGUGUUUACGUGUGAACCCUAAAGGCUUGGAUGAAGAAAGUAAAGAUUAUCUAUCCCUCUAUCUGUUGCUGGUGAGCUGUCCAAAAAGUGAAGUUCGAGCAAAGUUCAAAUUCUCCAUCCUGAAUGCUAAAGGAGAAGAAACAAAAGCAAUGGAGAGCCAGCGAGCGUAUCGAUUUGUACAAGGCAAGGACUGGGGAUUCAAAAAAUUUAUUAGAAGAGACUUUCUUCUAGAUGAGGCCAAUGGACUUCUUCCAGAUGACAAACUCACUCUGUUCUGUGAGGUGAGUGUGGUGCAGGACUCCGUCAAUAUUUCCGGCCAGAACACUAUGAACAUGGUGAAGGUACCAGAGUGCCGCUUGGCAGAUGAGUUGGGAGGACUCUGGGAGAACUCACGCUUCACGGACUGCUGUCUGUGCGUUGCGGGCCAGGAGUUCCAGGCUCACAAAGCCAUACUAGCAGCACGUUCCCCAGUUUUCAGCGCCAUGUUUGAGCAUGAGAUGGAAGAGAGUAAAAAGAAUCGGGUUGAAAUCAAUGAUGUGGAGCCUGAAGUUUUUAAGGAAAUGAUGUGCUUUAUUUACACGGGGAAGGCACCAAAUCUUGACAAAAUGGCUGAUGACUUGCUGGCAGCUGCUGACAAGUAUGCUCUAGAACGUCUGAAGGUGAUGUGUGAGGAUGCACUGUGCAGUAACCUGUCUGUGGAAAAUGCAGCUGAGAUCCUCAUUCUGGCUGACCUACAUAGUGCUGAUCAACUGAAAACUCAAGCAGUGGACUUCAUUAACUAUCAUGCUUCUGACGUCAUGGAGACAUCAGGCUGGAAGUCUAUGGUAGUAUCGCAUCCCCAUUUGGUGGCUGAGGCAUAUCGCUCUUUGGCCUCUGCGCAGUGUCCCUUUCUGGGACCCCCACGUAAGCGACUGAAGCAAUCCUAAAGUCCUGUCUGUCACACCACCCCAUGUUUUUCUGGAAGCAGCAUCAGCUGUUGCUGCUGUAACCUUGACCACCAGGUAGACAGCGAAAUCUGUGGAGCUUUUACUCUGUUGUUGGGGGGAAGAGACUGCUUCGUGACACCCAGACUUUUUAAAACAGCACCAAGUAACUUGGGGAGAGGGGGGAGGGUGGGCCUGGGGCUCUGGGGCUGUUCAACCUAACGAAUACCUGUCGCUGCAUCGUCUGUGUGUUCCCUUCGACUUGGCUGAGUCAAUUAAGUACAGGGUUCGGUUUAGGCACCGACCCAAGUCGGAAUAACCC